AUGAGUCGACUUUCCAACAGCGCCGAAACCCAGGAGACUGUCUCCUCAUUUUCGGAGGGGAAGUCUCUCCGGAACCAGGAGGACAAUGGCUCGGAACCGAUGAACGAGUCCGCCAUGAACCGCCGAAUCAACAGGAAGAUGGACAUUGCCCUUCUUCCUCUCCUCUCUCUUCUCUAUCUAUUCAACGGUCUUGAUAGAGGAAACGUGGGAAACGCCCAGACCCAAGGCUUCACCGCUGACAUUGGAGCCGUCCCGGAUGAUUUGAAUCUCGCCGUGUCUCUAUUUUUCAUUACUUUUGUUCUGUUUCAGCCUCCCUCGGCGGCCAUUGGCCGAUGGCUCGGAGCGAAGCAUUGGAUCCCCAUCAUGAUGGUGGGUUGGGGGUUUAUAACCUUGAUUCAGGCAUUCAUUAACGGCCGAGGUGCUCUCAUCGCCACCCGUCUGUUGAUCGGCGCCUUCGAAGCCGGUUUCUACCCGACUGCCGUCGCCUACCUCUCGUUCUUUUACUGCAGAUACGACCUCGCCGUCCGAGUUGGCCUGUUUUACGGACAAUAUGCGGUUGCGGGUGCCUUUUCAGGGGCUAUCGCCUACGGAGUCUUCCACCUGCGCGGCGGACCCCUCAAGAACUGGCAAUACCUCUUCAUCAUCGAGGGCGCCUUGACCGUCUUCUUCGGCCUCGUCGCAUGGUUCCUCCUCCCGUCCGGCCCCGGAUCCGCGUGGUUUCUGACACCGGAGGAGCGCCGGUUCGCGGCGGAGCGGAUGAAGCAGGACAGCGCCCUCUUCGUCGAGCACACAUACGGCGAGAACGGCAUCGAGAACGAACGUCUGAAGAAGAGGGACGUUGUCGAAACCCUCACGGACUGGAAGCUGUGGUACAUUCUGGUGUUCAACAUCUGCGCCAGCGUCCCGGGACAGGCAUUUUCCGUGUUCCUACCGCUGGUAGUUCAGGGUCUUGGGUACUCGUCAAUCCACGCGAAUCUGAUGUCCGUUCCUCCGUACGUCUGCGGUGCCCUCGGGCUAUACCUGUUUGCCCUGAGUUCGGACUACCACAAGGAGCGCGGCUACCACAUCGUGUGUGGAAUCCUCAUCGCUCUCGUCGGCCUGAUCGCGACGGUAACCGUGGAGUCGCACGCCGGAAAAUACGCGUCACUUUGUGUCCUCCUUUUCGGCAGCUACGUCGCAGCACCGCUGACCGUUGCAUGGCUAAGCGGAAACACACCAGAACCAGGAAAGAGGUCGCUCGUUCUCGGCGUCAACGGCUUCGGCAACCUCGCCGGCGUCAUCGGCUCGCAGCUCUACCGCGACCGGUACAAGCCUGGCUACCGGAUACCCUUCUACGCGACAUUGGGCUUCGUGGCGGCCGCGCUUGUGGGAUACUUGGCGUACAGGUUCACACUGGCGGCGGUCAACCGAAGAAAGCUGGAAGUCAUGCGAAACAAGACGCAGGAGGACAUCGAGAGGGAGCGGGUCGAUAGCACGCGCUACGCCGACAAGAAAUGGACCUUCAUCUACGGUCUUUAA